GGUCUCCGAGAGGUGACAACUUCGAGGGCUUUUCGGCGAGGGCGGUCCAGAGAUCUGAACGGGCAGUUAGUUAGCCAUGUUUACCUAACCGAUUCGGCUGUGCCAUCCGCAAACAAACGAAACUCCAAGCCUCGAAUCGAAUUCGAGGUUCGCGUGUGUGCAAACAAAUUAUAAGCGCACCAUUUAUGCUCGAACUUAAUGGUUGCAUUUCGGCAGUGAUUUGCAUGAAAAUUUGGCAUAUGCCAUAAAAAAAAAGACUCCGCAAGUAGUGGCAUAUUCAUAUAUGCAAACUUAUAACUAUUUAGAACCCACUGACAAUGAAGAACUGAAGGGGACGCAACCGAGUUUUUGAGGUGUGCGACGCGCGCCAAAGUCAAAGCCAGCGAAAUCACAUUUCCGGUGGCCACACAUCGUUUCAGCCAAAUUCAAUAGUGGAAUAGAAUAGUGGAAAAAAACGUAAUUGGGCUAAUUAAGCCCCCCUGCAAACCAUCUACAUAGUGUUUGUUUGUUUGUUUUGAUCAGAGCUGCUGUUGCCACCCCCGCUCCAAAGAUGAAAUCCAAUCCGGCCUCGGAUCACGUCUACUUCAACGACGGAUUCAAGUGCUCCACGAUCAGCAUCAGCACCAAUCUAACCGAGCCCAAUGGGAGCAGCAACAGCGUGGGAUCCCAGGGAUCCAAGGAAUUUAUCCUCACUGAAGACGGCAAGAAGGUGAAGCCAUCAGUGAGCACACUGGACUGCACCCGCAGCUGGCUGCAGGAUUGCCAGCGGCGCACCUUCAAUCGCAAGACCCUGCACAAGAGACUCCCGAUCCUCGGAUGGCUCCCCAAGUACAACAGCCAGGAUGCUGUGGGUGACCUGGUGGCGGGCAUCACAGUGGGUCUCACCGUCAUCCCACAGGCACUGGCCUAUGCGGGAAUAGCAGGACUGCCCGUAGCCUAUGGCUUGUAUGCCUCCUUUGUGGGCUGCUUUGUGUACAUAUUCCUGGGCAGCUGCAAGGAUGUGCCCAUGGGGCCAUCUGCGAUUGUGGCCCUGCUUACUUAUCAGGCUGCUCAAGGAUCUUGGCAGAAAUCGGUGCUGCUCUGCCUGCUGAGUGGAAUUGUGGAGCUGCUGAUGGGCCUCUUCGGACUGGGCUUCCUGAUUGACUUCGUCUCCGGACCAGUUUCCUCGGGCUUCACCUCCGCCGUCUCGCUGAUCAUCCUCACCUCGCAGAUCCAAAGUGUGCUGGGCAUCACGGCCAAGGGCAACACCUUUGUGGAGAUCUGGACGCAAGUCUUUCACAACAUCGAGCACACAAGGGAAGGAGACACGGUACUGGGGCUUACCUGCAUUGUCAUCCUGCUGUUGAUGCGCAGUCUGUCUUCCUGUCGAAUUGGACCAGCCGACGAGAAGGAAUGCUCAUCCUUUCAGCGGGCUGUGAACAAGAUCCUUUGGAUCGUGGGCACUGCUCGAAAUGCCAUCCUGGUGGUCGUUUGCUGCAUCAUGGGCUAUCUGCUGCAUACCGAGGAGCAUGGAGCUCCGUUCCGAGUUGUGGGAGACAUACCACCAGGGCUCCCGAGCAUUCAGUUGCCACCCACAUCGCUGACUGCCAAUGAAACCAGCAAUGGAGUGGCUGAGGGAUUCGUGGAGAUGGUUCACAGCAUGGGCUCCGGCUUGGUGGUGAUUCCCUUGAUCUCGCUCAUGGAAAACAUAGCCAUCUGCAAGGCGUUUGCCAAUGGCAAGCCAGUGGAUGCUUCGCAGGAAUUGAUUGCCAUUGGAACGGCCAACAUCUUUAACUCCUUUGUCCAAGCCUUUCCGGGCACUGGAGCCCUUAGUCGUGGAGCAGUCAAUAAUGCCAGUGGUGUCCGUACUCCCCUGAGCAAUAUUUACUCCGGUGGCUUGGUCAUGAUUGCCCUGCUCUUCCUCACGCCCUACUUCUACUUCAUUCCACGUCCUACCCUGGCAGCCAUCAUUAUAUCCGCCGUGGUCUUCAUGAUUGAAGUUAAGGUGGUCAAGCCCAUGUGGAGAUCGAAGAAAAGUGAUCUGGUGCCUGGAGUUGGAACCUUUGUGGCCUGCCUGGUCUUACCGCUGGAGUGGGGCAUCCUCAUUGGGGUUGGACUCAAUGUCAUCUUUAUCCUCUACCAUGCUGCGCGUCCUAAGCUGACCACCGAGCUACUGACCACCCAGUUGGGUGUGGAGUACUCCAUGAUCACGCCAGAUCGAUGCCUUAUUUUCCCGUCUGUGGAUUAUGUAAGGAAUCUGGUCAACAAGCAGUCCAUUAGACAAAAUGUCCCAGUGGUCAUCGAUGCGUCGCAUGUCUACGGGGCUGACUUCACAACGGCCACGGUUAUAGACUCGCUGAUCAGUGAUUUUAAUCAGCGGGGACAGCUGCUCUUCUUCUACAACCUCAAGCCGAGUAUCUGCUCCAUUUUCGAGCACGUGUCGGCGGCCCAGUUCGUGGUCUAUUACCAGGAGCAGCAGUUGGAUGAGCUGCUCAAGGAGCGCAACUAUGUGCAGAAGCGGCUCGAGACGGCCUAA